UCCAUCACUGCAGCAUCACAGCAGAAGGUGUGAACCACCCAUUGGACUGGAGAAGGACAGAGAGACAGAGAGAGAGAAAGAAAGGUGUGUCACUGUAGUGUGAGAGGAAGAGGACAACACGGCUCGACCUCAUCGUUACCUGUAAAGGAGGGUGUGAACCAGACUAAAUCAACUGUGUGUGUGUUCACAAGUGUGUAUACCUAUGUGUGUGUGAGCGUGUGUGUGUCUAUGGGACAGUGAACAAUGUCUCAUGCCCAGUAUCACUCAUCAGCCACAAGAGGGAACUGCAGAGUGGCUCAGCUGCUGUUUCUUCUUCUUUGGUUUGGAGAAACUUUUGGAUCCUUUCUGAUCCCUAAAGAAUAUGACAUUUCUGACUUGAAAGAGCCUCCUCUAAUCAACGAACAGUCAGAGUCGUACACAGCCUUCACCAUCGACGACGUCUCUCUGCGGUGUGAAGCUACUGGCAACCCCAAACCCACUAUUCGAUGGGUGAAAGAUGGCAUACUGUUCAAGGAGGAAAUGAAUGAGUCGGAAAUUCUUACAGCUGACUUCAGUGAAGACCUGAAAUUUUACCACGGGGCAUAUCGCUGCUAUGCGUCAAACGAGCUCGGGACGGCUGAAUCAAGUGUGAUAAAUCUCAUCACUGAGCCCAUUCCAGUCUCAGUGAAAGAGAAGAAAGUGGUGAAGUUUGCCAAGGAGGGUGACAGCGUGGUACUACAAUGUAAUUUUCCAAGCAGCUCAGUGAAUGCUAACAUCCACUGGAUGGACAAGAAAUUGAUGCAUAUUAAACAAAGUGAUCGCAUCACCAUUGGCCUGAAUGGUUAUCUGUACUUCGCCAAUGUGCUGACCAGCAAUACCAGAGAUGAUUACACCUGCUACACCCAGUACAUCGAAGCCAGAACCAUUUUAUCCACAGAGCCUGUCUCUCUCAUUGUUAAUGCCUCCAAUGAAGUGGUGAACAGACCACCUGGUCUCCACCAACCUAAGGGCACACACAGCCACUAUUUUGCCCUCCGUGGCAAGACUCUCACCCUGGAGUGUAUUCCUUUUGGCCUACCGACUCCCUCGGUCACAUGGGAAAGGAAGGAUGCUCCACUUUCCUCCAGCCAAACCACUAAGGAUCGUUUCGACCGGUGGCUGGUGUUCGAUUCCAUCUUGGAGACUGAUGAUGGAGAAUAUGCCUGCACAGCCUCUAAUAUAAUGGGAAACGUAACACACUCCUACACGGUUAUCGUAGAGGCCGCUCCUUAUUGGAGGAAGAAGCCUCAGAGUGCCAUGUACUUCCCAGGAGAGACAGUCAGACUGGACUGUCAGGCUGAUGGCAUUCCUACACCAUACAUGGCAUGGAAAAUUAAUGGAGUGCCCAUCUCUGACACGAGUCUUGAGCCGAGGCGCACUGUAAAAGGUGGGACUUUAAUCCUGACUGACGUUCAGUUGGCUGACACGGCUGUCUAUCAGUGUGAGGCCUCCAAUAAACACGGCACCGCCCUCCUUAACACCUACAUCCAUGUCGUUGAGCUGCCCCCUCAGAUUCUGACUGUUGAUGCUCAGCGGUAUUGGUUCACUGAGGGAUCCACAGCGUCUCUCCACUGCCAUUCUUUCGGUUUUCCUCGACCCCAGAUCAGCUGGGCGAGAGAGGAGCACGAUCUGGUUCUGUCCAACCCGAGGAUGUCCCAGAUGAUCAGCGGCAUGUUACUCAUCACCAACGUGAGCCAUGAGGACGCAGGAAUAUACACGUGUUCAAUCAAAGAGACCAACAUAUCCAUUACUGCAUUGCUGGUGGUAGUGAACAAGACUCGGAUUGUGUCCCCUCUUCAGAAUCUCCAGGUUUUAAGAGGAAAGUCAUUGGUUUGGCCGUGCAGGUACGAGGUGGAUGCCAAUCUAUAUAAUGCCUCCAUCCAAUGGAAGAAAGACAGCAGUAUCAUCACACAAUCCUCUCCAGAUCACAGCAGGUACACAGUUUUUGAAAAUGGAUCACUGAAGAUCACUGACAUCCACGCUGAAGAUUCUGGACGUUACACAUGUAAUGUCAGCACCAGCUUGGACUCCGAUAUGUCGACUGGAUCACUGACUGUGAUUGAUAAACCUGAGCCUCCACACUCCCUGAAGCUGGAUGAGAAGGCCAGUCGCAGCGUCACUUUGUCCUGGAUCCCCGGAUCUGACAACAACAGCCCUCUGUCUGAGUUUGUGAUCGAGAUUCAAGAAGAUUUGCACUCUGAAACAGCGAGCUGGAAGGAGCUGAAGCAUGUUCCUGCUGAAAUCCACCACCUGGAGAUUUAUCUCAUUCCUUUCUGCACGUACCACUUCAAAGUGGCGGCGAUAAAUGAGAUCGGCGAGAGUGAUUUCAGCCAGUCAUCCGAGUCGUACACCACACCUCCUGCAAAACCGGACAUGACCCCAGGGAACAUCAGGAGUGAAUCUACUAAUCCAGACAGCAUGAUCAUCACAUGGGAGGAGCUGGAGCCGAGACACUUCAACGGUCCGGAGUUUGAGUAUAAAGUGUUUUGGCGUGACGCAGCUGGCCCUGAGGAGCCCUGGAAGUUUGCUUUUGUUUCUCAUCCUCCGUUUAUAGUCAAUAAUACGGGGACCUUCAUGCCCUUCGAGAUCAAAGUGCAAGCGGUGAACAACAUCGGUGACGGACCAAGUCCACAGGCUGCCAUCGGCUACUCAGGAGAAGACCGGCCCCUGGAGGCUCCAACUCAAAUACAAGUGACUCCGCUUAACGCUACAGCCAUGUCAGUGAGGUGGGAACCAGUCAAGAGAGAGACUGUGCGUGGACAUCUUCUUGGCUACAUGAUCUACCUGAGGAGGCUGGGUCUUGUGGGUUCCAGAAGAGCCCAUUUACCCAGCGGGAAAGAGAAGCGAGAGCUAGCUACAGUGAGAGAGAUGGUGCGAGACGACGAGAUAGUGAUGGAGAACGAGGAGGAAACACGAGUGAUCAGGGUUGAGGGAAAAGAGGAUGCGAUCGUGAGUGGUCUGGACUUCUACUCCCAUUAUGAGCUGUCAAUCACAGCCUUCAACAGUAUAGGGGAGGGGCCUUGGUCUAGUCCCAUCUACUUCAACACAUCUGAGGGAGCUCCUGGCCGUCCUUCAAACUUGAGAUUUGAGAGUCCUUCAGAGACCGAACUGACACUCUUCUGGAAAAAACCCCAGAAGACUAACGGGAUCCUGAGAGGAUAUGUCAUAACGUACCAAAAGUUUGUGGAGAACGGUCUCAACACACUACAGCCGGUGAAGCUCAACGAUCCGACAGCGAUGCAGUACAAAGUGGAAGAACUGGACUCGAAAAAUUACUACAGUUUCUCCCUGAGAGCUUUUACUGAUGCUGGAGAAGGAGAACCCAUCCACAUUAAUGCCACCACCUUUUUCGAUGGAGUUCCACCGUCUUCUGUAACUGUGAUCGCUGAAGAAACAUCUAUGAAUCUGAGCUGGGUUCCUGGAGAACGACAGCGAAACAUCGCAUUUAUGAUUCGUUACCAAAAGGAGACCGGUGAGUGGAAGGAGUCAGAGCCAGUGAAUUCGACGCAGGCCUUUUAUCAGCUGCAGGGACUGAAAGCAGGCACACGAUACCGCCUCGAAAUUCGUCACAACAACGUCACGUACUGGACACAAGACACGGGGACGACAGGACCAGGUGUAAAAGAGGUGCAGACCAACUUUGCAACUCAGGGCUGGUUCAUCGGCCUCAUCAGCGCCGUGGUGCUGCUGCUGCUCCUCCUGCUCAUCCUCUGCUUCAUCAAAAAGAGCAAAGGGGGAAAAUAUUCAGUGAAGGAUAAAGAGGAAGGACAGAUGGAUUCUGAUGCGAAACCAAUGAAAGAUGAAGCAUUUGGAGAGUACAGGUCCCUCGAGAGCAGCGACAACGAUGAGAAGCGUUCGUACAGCCAGCGCUCACUGUGUCCCGACCUGAAGCGCAACAGUGAGGACAGUCUGGGGGAAUACGGAGACAGCGUGGACAUCCAGUUCAACGAGGACGGCUCGUUCAUCGGGCAGUACAGCGGCCGCAGAGACACGCAACCGUACGCGCACGGAGAGCACGAGAGCUCAGGGGUCCCGUCCCCAAACAACCCCAACAUGCACCCUCCACCCAGCAUCAGCUUCGGGGGGAACUGAGACACGACCAGACGACUCGGCUCUAUCAGGAGACAGAGAGACUGAGAUGGAGAGAUCAACCUGACCUAGUCCUGGCAUUCGUUCAUAAGUAAACAAAGAGCAUUUAUUCACUGAUGAGCAACUUUUUUUUUUUUUUUAAUUAAAAGACACAAAAAUAUUCCAUCACUGCCGAUGACUAACAGUUUUUAGAGCACAUUCACCAGUCUAAAGGCCUGGAUAGACAUUUUCUUUUUGUCGUCUCAGUGACGUCACUGAAGAGGGCAACGCAAAAUGGCUGCCCCGUGCUUUCAGUUCACGACUCUCAUCUUCACCGUAUUGACCAUCAAACCGCCAUGGCUUCAAAUAACUCCGCCCCCUUUCUGCUAUGUAGUAUUUCAUAUCUCACUUGUUCAUAAGUGUCACGCUUCACCACGUACUGUACAUGAGAGACACUCGGUUCCUGAUUCAUGAAAGAUUUGCAUAUAAACAUGAUGAUAACACCUGAAGUGAAAAGAUUUACCCGACUCGUAGACGAGGAACGCAUCUCUGAUAUGAGAAAAAUCUUUUAUUUAUUUUUCAUAUUUACUUCAGUGAGUAAGCAGUUUGGUGCGUCUCCAUCCUGUGUGUGUAACAGAGACCUUUUGCAGCAGCAUUCACCAGUUUUGAAAAACAGUCUAACUGCCUUUAAUACUCGAGGUUUAGUUUAGUUUAAAACUAUUACAACUUUAAACAUCUGAAUUCAUUGCGGAUAAUUUACCAAACGUGCAAAUUAGCACUUGCUAUUUGUGGGAUUAGUAAGUCAGGGCUAUCCACUAAAUAGCCUCUAACUCAGGACAAGUGGAACCACAACUAGGAAACAAGGGGGAAAAAACAUAAGUGUUUGAGUUUGACCAAUAAAUAGGGAAUAAAAUUUUGACUCACACUCUAUGUAAUGCCUUACACUCACCGAAAACACAAUGCGCCGAUAUAAAAUUUGCUUAUAUACGUAGUUCAUUAGCUAACAUGCUCUAGCUGAGUACUGCCGGUGACCUCCCAAAGGACAACGUUGUGGAAAACGUAGGUGGUGAUCAUUUGCGAUGCUACGGAAGCGUGUUGCUGCCACACCAGAAAAAAAGAAAGGAAAAUAAAUAAAUCAGUAUCACGUAAUAAUGUGAAAAGUAUAUUUUAACACUAUACUUUCACAUUAUUAUGUAAAACUUUUCACGCUAUAACGUGAUAACUUUAAACUCAGACUCAAACAUGACUUUCACAUUUUAACAAUAUAAAUGAUCACGUUAUAAUGUGAUACCAAAUUCUCAUUAUAAUAUGAAAUGUUUUGCAUAAUAACGUGAAAAUAGAUUGUUAAACUUUUCACAUUAUUACGUGAUACUGAUUUUUUUCCUUUUUUCUGAUUGUGGCAGCAACACGCUUGUGUACGAUGCGACUGUGUAUAUCCUGUGAGUAAAUUUAAUGUGCACCAGGGAAAUCACUUCAAGCAUGUUUACACUUACUAUCGAUGGUUAGCACAUUCUUAUUUUAAAAGAUGCUCCUCCCCCUUUUUCUACAGUGUGACGUCAGUGUUACGCAAUUCUGAUUUUAUUCGCGUUUGGCGAUUACAAGGCUUGCAAGAUUAAACGGAGAAUGUGUGUAAAUACACCGGGCGGUACGGUGGUGUAGUGGUUAGCGCUGUCGCCUCAUACCAAGAAGGUCCGGGUUCGAGCCCUGUGGCCGGCGAGGGCCUUUCUGUGUGGAGUUUGCAUGUUCUCCCCGUGUCCACGUGGGUUUCCUCCGGGUGCUCCGGUUUCCCCCACAGUCCAAAGACAUGCAGUUAGGUUAACGUGGGGCGGCCUUGGGCUGAGGUGCCCUUGAGCGAGGUACCGAACCCCUGACUGUUCCCCGGGUGCUCUGGUGUGGCUGCCCACUGCUCUGAGUGUGUGUUCACUGCUUCAGAUGGGUUAAAUGCAGAGGAUGAAUUUCACUGUGCUUGAAGUGUGCAUGUGACGAAUAAAGGUUUCUUCUUCUUAAUGAAGGGGCGUGGUCAGGGUGGGGCUGUGGCAUGAGUGAGGGAGUGAAACCAGAAACCCGGAGGCUUGUGCAACACACACGACUGAAUUAAAUAAUUCUUCAAAACACAAAUAAAAGGCAGGUGAUGUGGGAUUUUGUUAGACGAGUCUUUCCAGGCCUUCAGAAAAGACACGAUGACUAUAACAUUCCAGGUUAGUGUUUACAAAUGCUGUCUUUCUUUUCUCCAGGUUUACAGAUCUUUCACUUCACAUCUCCUCUAACAUUUCUCAUCAGUCCCCAUCAACUCCCUGUAAAUCCUCAGUAAAGAAUUCAACGUAUGCAAAAUUUGUGUGUCGUAAUAAUUUCAGACUAAUAAUCCAGACAAAAUUACAAAUGACAAAAUGGUUUUGUUUUUUGGGAUUUUUUUUCCCCCAAAAUGGCUAACAUUAGCAUUAUAUUAGCAUGCUGAUACAGAGUGUAUUACUGAAAUAACACACACACGUCCACGUGCUCGUAGGGAAAGUUAUGAAAAGAAUUAACAUUAUUCAUGCACAGAUUAAUGAAUAAUCCAUCAUUUCCCAGAAUUCAGCAUCAGGGAGUGAAAAGGAACGGGAGUAGUAAUGAUGUCUUACUUGUCUUUGAGACUUGAAAAAAGAUAUUCUGUAUAUUUACGUUUUCUUUAGUGUUGUAGUAAAAUUGUGUUCGUCUUUCAUAAGCAGAUAUGUUUAUUUUACAUUUUUUUAAGAAAUACAUUAAGUUCUUACAAACAUUUUUUUAAUAUAUACAUUAAUGGAUUUUUUUUUUAGUCAUGAGUGUGUUAAAUCCAGCAUUCUAUAAAACCCAUACUGUACCACAGCAGCAUAAGUACCUUAUAAGGGAUUUAGAAAAAUAUAUAUACACAUUUACUUUUUUUUUUUUUUUUUUGGAUCACUCUUCCAUAAGCAGAUAUGUAUUAAUUUGCACAAUAUUUUAUUUCUUUUUCUGUAAAAAAAAAAAAAAAAUUGCUGUACAUCUUUUCCCUUCAUCACAAUUUUCUGUACAUUAUUAUUAUUAGUUAAUGGUCAUGUUUAUGUUCAUUAUAGCUUUAUAAUAAUAAUAAUAAUAAUAAUAAUAAUGCCAUACUGUACCAUAGCAGCAUAUGUAUCUUCUAUGCCUCCAUGUACGGUGUGUACUCGUCUGCCACGUUUAUUCUUCUUCAGUCUUAUUUUUGAGCCAUUCAGGAAUCGUGUAUCUGUGUAUCAUUACCGCUGUAGCGUCAUCUGCAGGGUGUUCAGUCGUGUACGUGUUGCUACUUGCUAUAAGGUAAAAACUCCACAGACAAAUUCUGUGCUAUAAAAAAACAUUGCUGUGAAUCAAAACUAAACUUGAUUAGCCGCACAUGCUAACCGCAUGAAUCUCGCCGCAGAUAUGGCGACUCUGUGUGUGUAAGGUCGUGCCUGUUUAUUCCCCUUUUAAUGCUGAAAUUUCAAUAUGAUGCCUUACAGAGCUAUGGCUCUUUUUGUCCUCUUUUUCUAUUUCCAUCUGUCUUUUUUAAGUCUCUGUCCAUCUGAGAUAACGCCAAGCGUGAGUCACUAAGAGAUGUGGUUGAGCUCAGUAUGUGUCGAGAAUCAGUUGUGCGAGAUAUCGUCAUGUGGUUAAUGUAGACACUUUUUUUUUUAAUCAAUCAUCACUAUUCAGGAGUUCCAUCUGGGAGAAAAUGCUGACACAAGUAGCAUUAAAAAAAAAAAGUCAGUUAAUCAAUCGCAUUCUGUUUUCUACUCAAAUAGCUUUUCAUUUUAAACCAGAUAAAAUGCUAAAACAUGGAUUAGCUAACUGCUAGCUAUCACAGAGAUAUAAACGUAAAGGACAUGUUCCGUGAAAGUGUGGACAACAUGGCGGACAGAAUUGUUCCAGACUGAAGAAUGUUUACACGCAGUUCUGAGAGCUAUAAGAACCUUAAGAGAAAUAUUACAAACAGUUUUAUUUGCUGUUUUUAUUACAGUGGUUAUGUUUUGCUAAAUAACCUGCAAUAGCUGAAGAGCAGCAUACUGAACUUGCUGGGUAGCAUUCGUUAGGUGGGUAGCGAGUUAUUUAAUCAAAAGUUGACAGACUUGUCAAUUCAUACGAAUCAUGUUUAUGCUUCCAUUUAGCCAUCAAACAUGCAUAAGCGGUUGGGAAGUUUGUGGAACUUGCUAGCUAGGUGUUAUUAGCUGGGUAGCUAGUUAUUGAAGCAAAACUUUAACACCAAAAGUCAUGUAAGUCAAAUCACUGAUUCAUUUUAUACAUGAAUGAUCGAUCGUGAAAGAGAGUUACUUUUAGCUAGCUAAUGUAACUCCGUUUGACAGAACUU